AUGCAGUCUCUGGUCGCUGGCAUCCAUGAAUUCUUCGAGCGAGCCAACCAAUUGGCCAUGGCCUCAUGUGGCUCUUGCUAUGGACCAGGCCGUGAAAGGCAGCCUUUGGAUGCAUCGCUUUUGAGUCUCUUCGAUGUGAGCCCCAUCGACCACGAAGAUAUGGAGGCAGUUCGGGGAACACAGAAGGGUGCGCGACUUCUGCACGAAGCGCGGGUGGAGGAGGCUAUCCGCGAGUUUCACGCGGUCUGCAACCGAGUGCCGAGGAGUGCACCUGCUCGGUGCAACCUUGGAGCCGCGUACUUCGAAAGAGGCGACGAGGACGCGGCGUUGCACUGGUUUCGAGAGGCAUACCGCAUGGACGAGCGAAGCAGCCGUAUUCUACGCGCCGUUGCCGUGUUGGAACAGCGUGCAGGCAAUUUUUCCGAGGCGCUCUGGCUAUUGCGGAACUACUUGCAAGAAGUCGACGAGUUCAACAUGCAGGUGCAGCACCAGCUAGCCUGCCUUCACAGAGAACGACACCAGUGGGCUCAAGCAGCCGCUUGCUACAGGAGGCUCCUGAAGGCCGGUAGGCUCUCAAUCGGGACUACGCCCGUGAGCUGCAGAGCUGCUUGGACCGGGCACCCCUUGAAGGGGACCUCUGGGCGCGCGGCGACAGGCCUGCCAAGUUUGUGUCGCAGUAUGUUCCAUUCCGGGGCCACGGGCGAAGUCGAAGUACCUAAUCCCUCACGUCUGCUUCGCCAAAAUCAGAAGACCUCGACCCAUAUUUGCCUCGCCUGGAUUAUCCGAGUGUGA